UAUUGAUGAAAUUUGGAAAAAGGAUAAAAAAAUUUACACUUUUGGGAGUUAAUGGCAAAGGAGUCAAGGCAAAAAUUUUGGAGUCGCAAUUGGCUCGAAUGUUGAAUUGUAUUCCCAAUGUGGAAGAUUUUACUUUUGAAUCUAUUUGUGUAGAACGUGAUGUGCAUUGGUACCAGAAGAUGUAGUAACCGAAAUGUGCAUUUCCAUCUCAUUCAUAGAAAAUGAAAAGGACAUCCAGCAAUUCAUUAAUCGACAAACGCAAAUUACAAAACUCAUAAUGAAAGAUGGUAGUUACGGAUGCGACUUAUCAGUAUUGAAACUUUCUAAACUAGAACAUUUGACAAUAAGGUCUUGUGAAGGAUAUGAGAUGAAUAUUGCAAAGAUGAUAAUACAAAACCCAAAGCUUCGCUCUCUCGAUUUGGACAUUAUUUGUACUUGUUUUGAUUUAGAUGAAUAUGAUGAUGAUGAUACUGGAAAUGAAAUUUUAACAGCAAUUUGCGAGUUAAAAUAUCUUGAAUCACUUAACAUAAGCAUUAAUAAAAUAUCUUCGGAUGUUUUUGAAUCACUCACAAAAAUCAUUACUUUAAGAGAACUUCAUUUGAAUUAUCAAAAUGAUGACCAAUUUUAUAACAAGCUCUCAAAGCUAUGUGUGCUGAAAUUGUUACGUAUUGAAGCGUUAACAAUUAAACCCAGUGAAUUAAUUGGUUUCUAUAACUAUAACACAAUAAUUCCUGAAGAUAUAAUUUUUCAAUUCAGUCAAAACUUUCAAAAUUUAAAACAUUUGAGUUUCGAGAAUAAAUUAUUUAAUAUCAUCGGUACCGUUUUAAAGUAUUUUAUAAAACUUGAAACGUUUGAAUUCGUGUGCAAUAAUUCAGAUGGAGAUCAAGAUAAUUUUGUCAUCGAUGAAGAUAUAAAACAUGAAAAUCUAAAGGAAUUCAAAGUUAAAAACAUUGAAAGCCAUAACAUGAAAUCAAUCCUUAAUACCAUCAGUGCUUGUCCUAAUCUGGAACUCGUCAAAAUAUCAGGAAUAAGUGACAUUUCUCAUCAAGGUUUGAAGCAAAUUUUGGAUGAUCAUCUCAAGCUAAAAUAUUUAAAACUUGGAAUGUACGACUUCAACUUUCAAGGUGUCACAGCUGAACUUAUUAAAUCUGCUGCACUUCAAAGCAUUUCAUUAUCUGGACUCAGCCAAUUUUUAUCGCUUGAAACUAUAAAAGAAUUCUUUAAGGAAGAAUUUUCUUGUAUCAAACUUUUUAAAACAGGAUGGAGGCGAUGGAGCUAUUUCAAACUUGUGAUGAAGAAAUGUGGUCCAUUGAAAUGA